CAACAGCGCAGAACAGUAAUGCACUUGCAGUGCAAGAGUCAGCACUACAACCUGAAUCAACAAAAAAUGUUCCAGAAACUUCACAGAUGCAAAAAGUUCAACCUCAUCCAGAUGCAGAGGAGAAGAAGACUGUUAAAUUUAAAAUUACUAAAAAUAAUCAGGAGGUGCAACUAGAAGGUCACUGGCACCAACUCAGCCCGCUCCUGGCGCACGUGCCUCAACUGUUUCAAAAGGAAACAGAUCCUGUAAUGGCUAGCAGUGUGAGCUCCAAAACUGGCUCACUGGCGCCCGAGCUUAUAAUGGAAAGUGACAGAUCUACUCCUAGUGAAGAAGUGGUAGAAAAAGUGAACCAGAGAGAGAGAGAAAUUGCGCAAGAUAUCGAGCGGUAUCACAAAGAAGAAGCGGCUGAUAUCGAAAAACCUCCACAGACGCAGAAUAUCACUAAACGCAAAGGCAGACCGAGAAAAACUUCUCCAGCCGUGCCUCCCAGCCCAGCAAAAAUCGCUAAACUCGAUGUUACUGAGCAAAGAAACACCACAGAAAAGACAUCAGUUGGGGAAAAUAUUUCUACAAUCACUACCCGCACAAAAAGAACACCGAGAAAGUUGAUUUCAGAAACAGUUGAAGUGAACCAAAAUACAAUAAUAAGGACAAGGAGGACCACGCCGAAGAAAUCCCUCGAGAAGAUAGCGUAUAGUAAACAGACUAACCCUGAAGAUCCGGAUGCCGAUAUCCGAUACAAAUUCCCCACCCAGCCGCCCACCACCCGCAAAUCAUAUACUAAGUAAAAAAAAACGCAGCGCUAAAAAAUCCAGGACAAAGCAAUACUAAAAGGUAGUGAGUAGAUCUUAUUUUGUAUCAUUAAUUUAUGUUUAAGC